AAAUUCAAUGGUGCUCGUACUCCGAGAUUUUUAACCAUAUUUCGAGCAGGAAGGAGAAGACUUCAAAGCUAUAUAUAAAAGUUUCCCUAAUCUUUUUCUAUGAUUAGAGAUCAAAACAUGGCUAAUUUCCCUUGUGUUCCGAAAACAAUCUCUCUUUUUUUGCUUUGUUAUCUCAUCACCUUCCUUUUUGAUCUUGCUUAUGCUGAUCCUCCAUACAAGUUGUGCUCAGAUGUUCGCGGUUAUGUCGAAAAUAGUACGUUUCAGAAAAACCUUCAGAGCCUGCUCAAUUCAUUGCCUUCGAAUGCUUCUGUUUCCAAGCUGUACAAUACCUCCGUUGGAAAUGAACCAGAUAGAGUUUAUGGCCUUUAUAUGUGCCUCGAUUAUGUUACGAAUGAGACAUGUCACAACUGCAUCAACACCGCGCAUUUAGACAUUGUGAGGAUUUGUCCCAACUCAACAGAAUCAGUUGUGUGGGAGGAGACGUGCCAACUGCGCUACUCCGAUAUGAAGUUCUAUGGUGAAUUGAAUAUGGGAGGCAACAUUCCAUUGGCUAACAAGGAAAACGUUUCAGAGCCAAAAAAGUUUGAGUAUACCGUGAAGGAGAAGCUGAGUGAGCUUGCGAAGCGAGCGGCAUAUAAUGUUUCAGCGAAAAUGUAUGCUACUGGAGAUGUACCAUUUGAAGAUAAAGUGAUAUAUGCUCUUGUGCAGUGCACUAGAGACUUAUCUGGAGAUGACUGUGAUAAAUGCCUUCAGCGCGCCAUAGAAGACGUUUUGAGAGAGUUUUAUUUCUCCAUUGGUGCACGGCUUCUGAGCCGGAGUUGCUAUCUGAGGUACGAAUUGUAUGCCUUCUAUAAUGGUGCAACUCAAGCUUCUAUUUCUAGCUCUCCGAAUAACAACAAAGGGGACGGUAGAGGAUGGUGGAUCACGAUCCUUACGAUUGCGUCAGCAUGUCUAGCCAUACUACUUAUGGGUUCCUGUGUCUAUCUUGCAAUGAGAAAAAGAAACAAAAAGGUGAGUAGUGAGAUUUUAAGACAACAUGUAUUGUUCCCGGAACAACGUUUUCAAGGCAGAAACCCGAAAGCUGAGGAGUACCCCUAUAUCAGUUUGGCAUCUAUACAUGCAGCUACGGAUAAAUUCUCUGAUUCAAAUAAGCUUGGAGAAGGUGGUUUUGGGCCUGUUUACAAGGGUGUACUCAGUGACGGAAAAGAAGUGGCAAUCAAGAGGCUUUCAAGCUGUUCUGAGCAAGGCACGGAGGAAUUCACAAAUGAAGUUCUGCUGAUAAUGAAACUUCAACAUAAAAAUCUUGUUCGGCUUUUGGGUUUUUGUGUUGAGGGAGAGGAAAAACUGCUUGUCUAUGAAUACCUGCCAAACAGCAGCCUAAAUGUCUUCCUCUUUGAUUCAGAGAAACGAGUGCAACUUGAUUGGAGCAGACGUGUAAACAUUAUAAGUGGAAUUGCACGGGGAAUUCUUUAUUUACACGAGGACUCUCGACUUCAAAUCAUCCAUAGGGACCUGAAAGCUAGCAAUGUUUUAUUGGACAGUGACAUGAACCCUAAGAUCUCCGACUUUGGCAUGGCAAGGAUCUUUGCAGGAAGUGAAGGCCAAGCAAAUACGACUACAAUAGUUGGGACUUACGGAUACAUGGCUCCAGAAUAUGCAAUGGAGGGAGUAUAUUCCGUCAAGUCUGAUGUUUAUGGUUUCGGAGUACUAUUGCUUGAGAUCAUAACUGGGAGAAGGAACGCCAGCUUUCAUCCAAUAAAACGUGUUCCUAGCCUUGUAACAUAUGCAUGGAAAUUAUGGCAUGACGGAAAAGGGUUGGAGCUACUCGACCCACUACUACUCGAUUCAUGUGAUCCAGAUGAGUUUCUAAGAUAUCUCCAUAUCGGAUUGUUGUGUGUCCAGGAAGAUGCGUAUGACAGGCCAACCAUGUCUUCUGCUGUUGUAAUGUUGAAAAGUGAAACUGUAACUCUUAGCCAACCCGAGAAACCUGCUUUCACCACGGGAAGAUUCACUGAUCAUUAUACUGAGACAGCCGCUGGUAAUAGUUCUAUUAAUGGCCUAACAGUUUCUAACGUCAUGCCGCGAUAACACCAUAAGAUUCAUGAAUCUGUACAAAGUUGAAACUUUCCUAUGGUGUUUUUGGUCAUGAAUUUCUACCCAUGUUCUCGAUAGCACAAAGUUUUUCUUAGUUCUGUUAUGUGUAUAUUAUUAAUAAAUACAGAAUACUGGCAGUUCAG